GAGUGAGUACUAGCGGAGUCUGCCUGCUGCCUGCUUGCCUGCCUGGGAAUUUUAAAGCACAUCAGCGGCCACUGCCAUGGCUGAACGCCGCGCCUUCGCCCAAAAAAUCAGCAGGACUGUGGCAGCAGAGGUGAGGAAGCAGAUAGCUGGCCAGUAUGGAGGCUCCCCACAACUCUUCAAAAACAUCAACGUUGGGGCCACAACAACCAACACAGUUCCCCUCACAGAGGCGGUGGAGCCGGUGGAUUUUGAGGAGUACCUCAUCACUCACCCUCCCCUCGUUGAGUCGGGUCCCCUCAGAGAUCUGAUCGAGUUUCCUCCAGAUGAUAUUGAAGUCAUCCACACACCCAGGGAGUGUCGCACAGUGGCGCAAGCCGUCCCAGAGGAAGGGGACACUGACACUCAUGUCAGAGACUGCGUCAGAUCCUACACAGAAGACUGGGCUAUCGUCAACAGAAAAUACCACAAGCUUGGCACAGGGUUCAACCCUAACACUCUGGACAAGCAGAAGGAGCGUCAGAAAGGCCUGCCCAAACAAGUGUUCGAGGCCGAUGAGAUGCCAGACAACAGCAGCUACCAGGAUGAGCAGGAUGACCUGAAGCGCCGGUCGAUGUCUAUAGAUGACACCCCACGCGGCAGCUGGGCCUGCAGCAUCUUUGACUUGAAGAACUCCCUCCCUGACGCCCUCCUCCCUCACCUCCUGGACCGUGCCGCCAAUGAAGAGAUAGACAGGCACAAUGAAGAGCAUCGCAAAGCCCACCGCCACCGCGAAGUCUUUGCUCUGCACCCUGCCCUGGAUGAGGAGGAGCCCAUUGAGCGCCACUGUGUGCCUGAAGUACCCAAAGAACACCUUGGCCAAAGGCUACUCGUCAAGUGCUUGUCCUUGAAGUUUGAGAUCGAAAUUGAACCGAUAUUUGCUAGUUUGGCCUUAUACGAUGUCAAGGAAAAGAAAAAGAUAUCGGAGAACUUUUUCUUCGACCUGAACUCUGAGCAGACAAAGGGAAUGCUGCGUCCGCACACUCAGACAGCAGCCAUCUCCACGCUGGCCCGCUCCGCCAUAUUCUCCAUCACCUACCCCUCCCAGGAUGUCUUCCUUGUCAUCAAGCUGGAAAAGGUACUGCAGCAAGGGGAUAUUGGAGAGUGUGCUGAGCCCUACAUGGUUUUCAAAGAGUCCGAUGCUGCAAAGAAUAAAGAGAAGCUGGAUAAGCUCCGCGGACAGUCAGAGCAGUUCUGCCAACGGCUUGGCCGCUAUCGCAUGCCUUUCGCCUGGACCGCCAUCCACCUGAUGAACAUUGUGAACAGUGCUGGCAGCCUGGAGAGAGACACGGAGCUGGAGAUGAGCCUCUCAGAGAGAAAAGGCUCGUGGUCAGAACGGAGGAACUCCAACAUCAUGGGAAGGCGUUCUCUGGAGAGGACCACCAGUGGAGACGAGUCAUGCAGUCUGACAGGCUUUAGACCUGCAACACUUACCAUCACUAACUUCUUCAAACAGGAAGGGGACAGACUGAGUGAUGAGGACUUGUAUAAGUUCCUAGCUGACAUGAGAAGGCCUUCUUCCGUGCUGAGGAGACUCCGACCCAUCACAGCCCAGUUGAAGUUGGACAUUUCUCCAGCUCCAGAGAACCCUCACUAUUGCUUGACCCCUGACCUUCAGCAGGUCAAACCUUACCCAGACAGCCGGGUACGCCCCACCAGGGAGAUCCUCGAGUUCCCUCCCAGAGACGUCUAUGUGCCAAACACCAAAUACAGGAAUCUGCUGUAUGUGAACCCUCAGAGUCUCAACUUUGCAAACCGCCAAGGCUCUGCCCGCAACAUCACAGUCAAAGUGCAAUUUAUGAAUGGAGAGGACCCAAACAAUGCAAUGCCGGUGAUAUUUGGGAAGUCCAGCUGUGCAGAUUUUGCUAAAGAAGCCUAUACUACUGUGGUGUACCAUAACAGAUCCCCUGACUUUCAUGAUGAGAUCAAGAUCAAGCUGCCUGCCUCCCUGUCGGACCACCACCACAUUCUCUUCACCUUUUACCACAUCAGCUGCCAGCAGAAGCAGAACACACCACUGGAGACCCCUGUGGGAUACACGUGGAUCCCCAUGCUGCAGAACGGGCGUCUGCGGACGGGCCAUUUCUGUCUGCCCGUGUCUCUAGAGAAACCACCACAAUCCUACUCUGUUCUCUCACCAGAUGUUGCUCUCCCAGGGAUGAAGUGGGUGGACAACCAUCGAGGAGUUUUCAAUGUGGAAGUGGUGUCUGUUUCAACCAUCCACACACAGGACCAGUACCUGGAUAAGUUCUUUGCCUUGGUACAUGCCCUGGACGAGCACACGUUCCCAGUCAGGAUAGGAGACAUGCGUAUCAUGGAAAACAACCUUGAGGCCGAGCUCAAGUCCAGCCUUGCUGCGCUCAACUCUUCCCAGCUGGAGCCAGUGGUUCGAUUCCUCCACCUCCUGCUCGACAAGUUGGUGCUGCUCGUAGUGCGCCCACCAGUCAUUGCUGGGCAGAUCGUGAAUCUGGGCCAGGCAUCCUUCGAGGUCAUGGCUUCCAUAGUGAACCGGCUUCAUAAAUACUUGGACACCAGCCAGGACAUGCAUGGUCGCAACGGCCUGCUGUCCUCUUACAUCCACUACGUCUUCCGGUUGCCCAGCACUGACCCCAACUCACCCUCUCCAGGGCCAGGAGGGUUGGGAGGUUCGAUGCACUAUGCCACCAUGGCUCGCUCAGCUGUUCGACCAGCCAGCCUUAACCUUAACCGCUCCCGUAGCCUUAGCAACAGUAACCCUGACAUCUCUGGUACACCCACCUCUCCUGACGAUGAGGUCCGCUCAAUCAUUGGCAGCAAGGGCUUAGACCGCUCCAACUCCUGGGUGCACACCAUGGGCUGUAAGAGUGACCCCUGGGGAUCCAGCCCUGGGUCCGCUCCAGAAACCAUGCAGGCCAUGGAGCGCAGUGGCAAUCGCAUGUCUUCGCACACUGAGAGCACCAGUUUCUUGCAAACUUUAACAGGACGGUUGCCCACAAAAAAGCUCUUCCAUGAGGAGUUGGCGCUGCAGUGGGUAGUGAGCAGUGGGAGCGUCAGGGAGGGGGCUCUGCAACAGGCCUGGUUUUUCUUUGAACUCAUGGUGAAGAGCAUUAUCCACCACCUCUACUUCACGGAGCGCUUGGAGUCACCCAGGAAGAACCGUUUCCCAGAGCGCUUCAUGGAUGACAUUACAGCUCUGGUCAGCACCAUCGCCGGGGACAUCGUGUCUCGCUUCCAGAAGUACGCUCUGAUUAAGGUGAAGACAAAGCCUCGGUCCAUGACUGAGAGCAAAUCGUUGAGGAAGAAGGCCAGACUGGUUUCCACAAAGCUUUACGCUCUGCAGAACCCAACCCUAGAGUCUUUGAGGCUUGACUUUUUGAGAAUAGUGUGCAGCCACGAACACUACGUCACCCUCAACCUGCCCUGCAGCCUGCUCACCCCCCCCGCCUCGCCUUCCCCCUCCGUGUCUUCAGCAACUUCACAGAGCUCUGGGUUCUCCACAAAUGUCCAGGACCAGAAGAUAGCCAACAUGUUUGAGCUGUCUGUUCCCUUCAGAGAGCAACACUUUCUGGCUGGACUGGUUCUGUCUGAACUGUCCGUAACACUCGACCCAGAAAAUGAAGGCAUGUUCGGCCUUCAUAAGAAAGUGGUGAGUGUGGUCCAUAACCUCCUGUCCAGCCACGACUCUGACCCCCGCUACGCUGAUCCCGAGGUCAAGGCCCGAGUCGCCAUGCUGUACCUGCCUCUCAUUGGCAUCGUCAUGGAAACACUACCACAGCUCCAUGACUUUACAGAGUCCCAUAACCAGUGGGGUCGGCCGGGCUGUCCCCAGGGGGCAGCGAUGGGCAGCAGUGGGGAAGAGGCAGAGGGAGAGGCUAACAGCAUGAUCAACCAGACGGUUGCCGCGGCGAUAGCAGGCACCGCCACUCCCACCCCAAUGUCCCGACCAAGCAGCUUCUUGCUCAACUCGCAGGCGAGUCGUCCGCAUGGUAGCUUCUCGGCCGAGUCGAGCCGCAGUCUGCUCAUCUGUCUGCUGUGGGUGUUGAAGAACGCUGACGAGCUGGUGUUACAGAAGUGGUUCACAGACCUGUCGGUGUCGCAGCUCAACCGCCUGCUGGACCUCCUCUACCUGUGUGUGUCCUGCUUUGAGUACAAGGGGAAGAAGGCGUUUGAGCGGAUGAACAGCCUGACCUUUAAGAAAUCUAAAGACAUGAAGGCCAAGCUGGAGGAGGCCAUCUUGGGCAGCAUCGGGGCCCGACAGGAGAUGGUGCGACGCAGCCGCGGACAGCUAGAACGAAGUCCAUCUGGCAGUGCUUUUGGCAGUCAGGAAAACCUUCGAUGGAGAAAGGACAUGACCCACUGGAGACAAAACAGCGAGAAGAUGGACAAGACCAGAGCAGAGCUGGAGCAUGAAGCACUCAUCGAUGGUAACCUCGCAACAGAAGCCAACUUAAUUAUCCUUGAUACUUUGGAGAUUGUUGUGCAGACGGUAUCAGUGACUGAGUCUAAGGAGAGUAUCCUGGGGGGGGUGCUGAAGGUGUUGCUCCACAGCAUGGCCUGCAACCAGAGCGCCCUUUACCUCCAGCAUUGUUUCGCCACACAGAGGGCGCUGGUGUCUAAGUUUCCUGAGCUGCUGUUCGAGGAGGAGACGGAGCAGUGUGCUGACCUGUGUUUGCGGUUGUUAAGGAGCUGCAGCAGCAGCAUUGGAACCAUCAGGGCCCACGCCAGCGCCUCCCUCUACCUCCUCAUGAGGCAAAACUUUGAGAUUGGCAACAACUUUGCCAGAGUGAAGAUGCAAGUGACCAUGUCCCUUUCUUCGCUGGUGGGAACGUCUCAGAAUUUUAACGAGGAGUUUCUGCGUCGCUCUCUAAAGACCAUCCUCACCUACGCAGAGGAGGACCUGGAGCUCAGAGAGACCACGUUCCCAGACCAGGUCCAGGACCUUGUGUUCAACCUGCACAUGAUCCUCUCUGACACGGUGAAGAUGAAGGAGCACCAGGAGGACCCUGAGAUGCUGAUAGAUCUCAUGUUCAGGAUUGCAAAGGGCUACCAGACGUCUCCGGACCUGCGGCUGACGUGGCUUCAGAACAUGGCGGGCAAACACUCGGAGAGGAACAACCACGCUGAGGCGGCCCAGUGUCUGGUGCACAGCGCCGCUCUGGUGGCCGAGUACCUGAGCAUGCUGGAGGACCGCAAGUAUCUGCCUGUGGGCUGCGUCACCUUCCAGAACAUUUCCUCCAACGUGCUGGAGGAGUCUGCAGUCUCUGAUGAUGUGGUGUCACCAGAUGAGGAGGGCAUCUGCUCGGGGAAAUAUUUCACGGAGAUCGGCCUGGUGGGACUCCUGGAGCAGGGUGCUUCUUCUUUUUCCAUGGCGGGCAUGUAUGAGGCGGUGAAUGAAGUUUACAAGGUGCUGAUCCCUAUCCAUGAAGCCAACAGGGACGCAAAGAAGUUAGCUGCCAUUCAUGGUAAACUGCAGGAAGCCUUUGGCAAAAUUGUGCAUCAGAGUACUGGCUGGGAGAGAAUGUUUGGUACGUACUUCAGAGUCGGAUUUUACGGGUCAAAAUUGGGCGACUUGGACGAGCAGGAGUUUGUUUACAAAGAGCCGGCCAUCACUAAGCUGGCGGAGAUCUCUCACAGGCUAGAGGGUUUCUAUGGAGAGAGGUUUGGAGAGGACCAAGUGGAGGUCAUCAAGGACUCCAACCCAGUGGACAAGUGCAAGUUGGACCCAAAUAAGGCUUUCGUCCAGAUCACCUACGUGGAGCCGUACUUCGACACGUACGAGAUGAAGGACCGCAUCACUUACUUCGACAAGAACUACAACUUGAGACGUUUCGUCUACUGCACUCCUUUCACUCUUGAUGGGCGGGCGCACGGGGACCUUCACGAACAAUAUAAACGCAAAACCAUCCUCACCACUUCCCACGCCUUCCCCUACAUCAAGACACGCAUCAACAUCAUCCACAAAGAGGAGAUUAUCUCCACCCCCAUUGAGGUGGCCAUAGAGGACAUGCAGAAGAAGACCCAGGAGCUGGCCUUUGCCACCCACCAGGACCCGGCAGAUGCAAAGAUGCUGCAGAUGGUCCUGCAGGGGUCAGUGGGCACAACUGUCAACCAGGGUCCUCUGGAGGUGGCUCAGGUGUUCCUGUCAGAGAUUCCCAGCGACCCCAAGCUGUACAGACACCACAAUAAGCUGCGGCUCUGCUUCAAAGACUUCACAAAGAGGUGUGAAGACGCCCUGCGUAAGAAUAAGAGCCUGAUUGGUCCGGACCAGAAAGAGUACCAAAGGGAGCUGGAGAGAAACUACCACCGCCUGAAGGAGGCGCUGCAGCCCCUCAUCAACAGGAAGAUCCCCCAGCUCUACAAACCUGUGCUGCAGGUCAACGCCCACAGGGAUUCCUUCAGCAGGAUGAGUCUUCGCAAGCUUGACAUUUGAAGAUGAAGAAUACACACGCGCGACAAAUUGCAAUAUUAAUUUAUUAUUGAGUGUAAAUAGGAGUGUUUUGAAGGUUGGACAGUGUUUUGGAAAACAUGCUAAAAAGAGAGGCUGAAAUGUUGCAGCUUGUUCCAUUUGUUUACAGACAAACUGUUACACCGCGAGAGAGACGGACACGUGGUUCUGGAGAUUAAAGAGGUACCUUGGCAUUUAGGAUUUGACUUUGCUGGCCAUGAGUCAGACAAAGGGACACAUCUUUGUAUUUAUCCCAUGCUUCCGCUCAAUGAAAGCUCAUAAUGUAAACCUUUACUUUUAAACUCAGCAGCCUGCUGGAUGCAAACUAACAAGCAGACCAUAAUAACCCUUUGUUGGUUAUUAAAAUGCCAAAAGUAACUGUUCUGCCAAUCAGUCUGCAGGAAAGGUACAAUUUUAAAGUCAAGGUGUCUUUUUAAUUAUAUAGUGUGUCAAAAAUCUGUAUCCAAUUUAAUGUGCACUUUUUUUAUUACGGUGUAGCAAUGCAUUUUACAACUUGAACGUUGAUCUAAUUCAGAACGGGAUGGUGAAGAGGAAAAACAUGCAAAAACGGUACCAUUAUUUAUCAUGAGG